AGACAGGUUUAUUGCAUUAGUGAUAGAAGUGAUAAACUGUACAUCACAAACUGUGAAAGAAUCAGAAAUUAUAGCAAGGGCAGUGGAAAAAUACUUGAACAUUAGCAGCUUGUCAAUGAACUGAAUUCAUGCAAUUUUGAAUAAAGUUAAGGGGGAAAUAUAAUGAGCAUGGGGAUCUCAGUCUUUUGUUGGAAUGAGCACAGUCCGAUAGCACAUGGUCAAGAACGAAAAGAAAAUAUCCUCGAAAUAGUGAGAAUUUGGGAUGUGCAGGGCUGUGGCGGCCAGAGAAAGAGACGAUUUUCCCCAGCUCCAGGGCUGUGGCUUCCGGGGAGAGACAGCCCUCCUUCUCAGCCUCAGCUCUGUGGCUGUUGUGGCAGGGGAGAGACCCACCUCCUUCCCAGCCCCAGCUCAGGGGCUGCCGCGGUGUGGGAGAGAGGGCACAUCCAUCGCAUUAGAAAGGUAAGACUACUGAUAUUAAAAUAUGAGUUGUGGGCUUUUAUCUGUAGAACAAAAAAAUGUUUAUUAUUAUGGGUUUUUUUUAUAUAUAGCACUUUUAUCCAAAGCGCUUUACAAUAGUUAGCUAACAGUACAAACAACAUAUGGAAAGAUCAUUAAGUGGUCUGCCGAGACCGUCAGCAAUUUUCAAGUGGUCUGCAAAAAGAAAAGUUUGAGAACCACUGGUUUAGAGUACUAACUGCUCACUGUGGUUUAAACAAAUCUUUUUCCAAUAAAAAGACACAAAGAUGGACUAUGUGCCCUCUGUAAGAUGGAAAAAAAACAAUUGAUCACCUUUUAUGGAUAUGUAAGGGCUUUGACAAAGAGAAGACAAAGCUUUUUGAGGAAUUAAAAUAUCUUAAGGUAAAAAAAAAACAUUAUGUGAUUUAGUAACAACAUUGGUGAACUGGAUUAUUAUUAAAAAGAUGCUGUUACAUUACCUGAAAGACAUAGGGCAGAGUGAGAGGAUAUAAACUGUUAAGUAGUGAGGAAUUAUAGUUGGAAUAGACUACUCAGUCAAGUCUACUUCACCACAGAAAAGAAAGAUGUGGCAGAGGAGUCCCUGACUGGGAGAAGAGUCUGGGCCUAGAAAUCAGAAGGUUGAACUCCAGCUAGGAAAGGCUGGAAGUGACAGCUUCAUGAAAAGUAGACUGGGACAGAAGAGCUCUGGGUGUGGUAGGAGAUGCCAGAGCUGAGUAUGAACUUUUGUGUUGUAAUGUUGGACUUUAUUUUGGGACUCUGGGGAUAAUUUUGAACUGUUUCUGUUAUUAAACCAGCCCCAGGCAAGCGUGAUAUUAGCCAUGAGAGAGAGCAUGAAGUUCUUAAGGGGCCCUGAAAACAGAAAACAAGAGGCAGGAUGCUGUAGCGCCACCUGUGGCCAUGGAUGGGGUGCUCAGGAUAUGCCUGACCCUCUUGCAGACUUGAUGUAAUAGCUAAGGUUCCAAUGCAAACAUGCAUGCACUUAAUUCUAUACGUGCAAGUAGGUCCAGUGCAAGUAGGUCCAGUGAAGUUACACGUGUACGUAUAAAUGUUUCUCUGCAGGGUGAGACCUAAUACACUAUUAAGGUUACUAAUGAGUCUCCUGCAUGCUAUACCUCAUAGCUCUAUGCCAGUUUUUCAAAGUUCGGGUGGGUCGUGGCAUGUAAAGCACUGGGUCGCCUUGCUCAGCACCCAGGGACCCUAGUGGCUCUGGUCAGCACUGCCGACUGGGACGUUAAAAGUGCCUACCUGUUCCGACACCCGCUGUGCCCCGGAAGCGGCCAGCAGUGGGUCCGGCUUCUAGGCAGGGGGGCCGCGGGACUCCAUGUGCUGCCCUCGCCCCAAGCAGAAGCUCCACACCCCCAUUGACCAGUUCCCAGACAAUGGGAGCUUUGGAGGGUGGUGCCUGCGGGCAAGAGCUGCACGGAGCCACUUGCAUGCCUCUGCCUAGGAACCGGACUUGCUGCUGGCCGCUUCUGAGGCGCAGCGCAGUCCAUGGUGCCAGGACAGGCAGGAAGCCUGCCUCUGCACCUCGGCUGCACUGCUGACUGGCAGCUACUGGAGGUAAGUGCAUGCCCCAACUCUGCGCCCCAAUCCCCUGCCCCAGCCCUGAGCCCCCCCAAAUCCAGAACUUCCUGCAUCUCAAACCCUCAUCCCUGGCCCCACCCCAGAGCCUGCACCCCCAGCCCAGAUCCCUGACCUCCUCCCACCCCCUGCCUCUGAGCCCCCCACAAACCUGGAGCCUCUCCUGCACCCCUCAUCCCUGGCCCCACCCCAGAGCCUGCACCCCCAGCCCAGAGCCCUGACUUCCUCCUGCACACAACCCCUUGCCCCAGCCCACAGCCCUCACCCACACUCUGAACCCCUCAUUCCUGGCCCCACCCUGCAGCCCUCACCCCUGCACCCCAACCCUCUGCCCCAGUCCUGAGCCCCUCCCACACCACAAACCCCUCAUCCCCAUCUCUGUUGGGUCACAGGGAUCAAAAAUUUUCUUCAAUUGGGUCCCCAGAAAAAAAGUUUGAAAACCACUGCUCUAUGCCAUGAGCAUCUGCUUUUCAACUUACAAUUUCUCUUCUUUCUGAGGUCUUUGUAGCUGAAUCUGUCCCUUUCAUAUUUUUUUAAAAUGUACACUUUAACUGCCAUUUUCUUUAACUAUUAUGGCUAUAAAGGUAAUUUUAGCUGUAUUUGUAACAGAUUACUUGCUGCGUUGCAUACAAAACCCUUGCACAAAUAUGCACAUAGAGUACACUCUCUGGUACAUGAUAUGUUCUCUCUGGACUGUGGUUGUUCAAACAGAAUACUGCUAUUUCAAAGAACAACCAACCCUGCACUCAAGGUUUUGUGGUAACAGCCAGCAGGAAAUGAGUUAAAUCAAAUGUCAAUGCAAGUAUUCAGCAGUAAGUGUACUUCAACAAUAACCUUAUAUACUUUAUUCAUAUCAUUGGAGGUACACAGUUAUGGCUAAGAAAAAAAAACAAAUAUAAUGCAUUGGUUCUACACUUGAUAGAGAAUAUCACAUCAUUAAACUUUUCCUUAUCUAAUGACUAGUAGUCUUCAUAAAACAAGUUUUAUAUAAAACAGUUUUUAUAACUGCAACAGGAGUCAAGGAGUCAACCGAAUCUGCACAUGGACAUCUCCAUUAAGAUAUGCAAUGAUUAGGGUCCUACCAAAUUCAUGGUCCAUUUUGGUCAAUUUCAUGGUCAUAGGAUUUUAAAAAUGGUAAAUUUCAUGAUUGCAGCUAUUUAAAUCUGAAAUUUCAAGGAAUUGUAGGGGUCCUGACCAAUGUUCCUUCUAAUUUUUCCCAUCCAUGUGUGGAAUAAAUUUUGUUAUGUGCAUCAAUAUGGAAGUGAUGUGUGGUGGGGGUAGGACUGAGGGGUUCGAAAUGCGGGAGCAAGCUCAAGGCUGGGGCAGAGGGUUCGGGUGUGGGGGGUGAGGGGGUUGGGACACAGGCUGCCUGGGGGUGUGGUGGGGAGAGAGGACUUGCCCCAGCCCUCUCUCCCCGCUGCAGCUCCGGGGCUGGGGAAGAAGUGUCUGGUCCCACCACAGCCCCGUGGCUGUGUUUGUGGGAGAGGUGUCUGGCCCUGCUGGGGCUGGGGGGAGAGGCGUCUGACCCUGCCGCAGCCCUGGGGCAUGGGGAGGAGAGGCAUCUGGCCCCGCCGGGGCUGGGGAGUGGGACGGAGAGGCGUCUGGCCCCGCCGGGGUUGGGGAGCAGGAGGGAGAGGCAUCUGCCCCGCCGCAGUCCCGGGGCUGGAGAGGGGGAGAGGCGUCUGGCCCCGCCGCAGCCCUGGGGCUGGAGGAGUUGCCACAGCCCUGCAUGCCCCAAGCUUCUCCAUCACCACCCCCCACCUCAUCACAUGCCCCUGAGUGCAGCAGUGUGCACGCCUGCAUGGCCCUUGGUGGCCUCCUGCAUGGCCGCGGAUAUGCAUACCUUAGAGGCAAUGUAUGUCCUGCCAUAGGCGCCAGGCUCCGUGGGUGAAAUUUGUAUCAUAUAGGGUAAAAGCACACAAAAGACCAGAUUUCACAGCGGGAGACCGGAUUUCACGGUCCAUGGCAUGUUUUUCACAGCUGUGAAUUUGGUAGGGCCCCAGUAAUGAGGCUAUACCACUUGAUUAAUAAUUAAAAGGGAUGUUCCUUAUUAAUGUUACAAAUUAAUAUUUGUCCAUAGAUAUUCCACUUUGUCAAAAUGAAGUAGCAACACAAGAAAUACUGUACAGGUGAGGUGUCUUUCUAAACUUCCUGAUGUAUUAUUUUUACUUUCUCAGUCUGUUCUACAUGUGGCUCUUGGCUGAUUGUAAACUGCAGACUAGUAUGGAAUGUGUCCAGGGAAGCAGACUUUGCGCUAGAGACACUCCUUCCCGGCCAAAUGUCCACUCCCAGUCUACAGUGCCCUGGACAUUUUGCUUUUCUGGGGCAAGACAUGUCACAAGUCUCCUACUCUCUGCAGCAUCUCACCUCCUGCCACCUCAACGUUCCGUUAGCGGUGAUUGGCCCACGAGAGAUCGCUCGCGUACCCUCCAGCGGCGAAAGCGAUCGGAGGCGCGUGUGCAUCCGGGUAGGGGGCGCGCUUCCACCCGUCAGUUCAUUUAUGCGCGGGCAGGAGAUUCGCUUGCGCGUGCUCGCCGGCCGUUCAGUGGUGGGCUUGGGGAUAGCGAGCUUCCUCCCCGCCCCGCUCGCUCGCGCGCUCUUCCGCAGCGCAUGCGCGUUUGGUUCCGGCCCUUUCGGUCUGUUUAAACAGGAAGGCGGACAUAUUUGUGCGAGUGUCUUCCUCGCUCCCGGAGGCAGCCGCGGCCGGACCUUGCUCCACUUCCUUUUUGCCCUUUCCUUUCCACAGCCUCGCUUGGUCCCUUCCACGGGAGCAGCGGCUUCCUCCGACUGGUCUGUGGGGGAGGGAGAUGGGCGAGGAGCCGGGGCUGGAAGUUGCGGCGAGUUGAAGCGCAGCUCCCGGCCGGGGGCUGGAGUAGGGCGGCGAGUCCCUGCGGGGCCGGUGAGGAGGGGCGCGGGGCAGCCGAGGAGGAGCCGCCGCCGCCGCCGCCGGGGGCAGGCAGCGAGGGAGGAAGAUGCUGCCGUCGCUCCGCUGAAGCCGCUCGUGCCCGAGGGGUGUCGCCGCGCUCGAGGGGGGGCCUCUCCCCCGGAAGUGGGGGCCAGGGCGGCCUGCGCAGCUGGCACCCCGCUGCCCGGAGCAGCUUGGGCACAGGGCGGGGGCAGCGCCGGUCCCCGCACCCCGCCCCGGGGCUCCAUGGAGGGAGUAGCUCCGAGGCGCUGAGGAGUUUCCUGUUUUCAUGGUGGUUUUUGCUUCAAAAGAAAUUGCUCUUCGGGAGCUGGCGCCGAGCAGCAGCAAGAGGAGGAACCGCUCCGCUGGCUCCGAGGGCGGCCGCCUGGCUGGGGGAAUGCGGCUGGCGAGACCGCGGUGGAGCGAGGGAACCUGCGGGGUUGCGAUCGCAGCCUAGAAACGCUUGCUUGUGUGGAUAGAGGGGGGCAGCUCUUCCUACCCCACCCUCGGCUCUAAAUCUUUUGGGGAGCGCGUGAGACUUUCCUUCCCCCUCGCCCCUGACUUCUCUGAUCCGGAGGCUACCUAGGAAGCAUCCUGGCCUGGUAGCUUACCCUGCUUUGCUCUGGAAUAAGGAAAACUCUAUUCUCGAAAACAUGUCGACAGGCGAAAACUUUGAGGCUCGGUUUGAAAAAAUCGAUGUGAUGUUAAAGGACCCCAAAUCUGAAGUGAACUGUGACUGCUUACUGGAUGGAUUAGAUGCUUUGGUGUAUGAUUUGGAUUUUCCUGCCUUAAGAAAAAACAAAAAUAUAGACAACUUUUUAAACAGAUAUAAAGACACAACUAAUAAAAUCAGAGAUUUGCGCAUGAAGGCUGAAGAUUAUGAAGUAGUGAAGGUGAUUGGCAGAGGUGCAUUUGGGGAAGUUCAGCUGGUAAGGCAUAAAUCUUCAAGGAAGGUGUACGCUAUGAAACUGCUGAGCAAGUUUGAGAUGAUAAAAAGAUCAGAUUCUGCAUUCUUUUGGGAAGAAAGGGACAUUAUGGCUUUUGCUAAUAGCCCCUGGGUUGUUCAGUUAUUUUAUGCAUUCCAAGAUGACCGUUACCUUUACAUGGUGAUGGAAUAUAUGCCUGGUGGGGACCUUGUGAAUUUAAUGAGCAACUAUGAUGUUCCUGAGAAAUGGGCAAGAUUUUAUACUGCAGAAGUUGUUCUUGCGUUGGAUGCAAUUCACUCAAUGGGCUUUAUUCACAGAGAUGUGAAGCCUGAUAAUAUGCUGCUGGAUAAAGCUGGUCAUUUAAAACUAGCAGAUUUUGGUACUUGUAUGAAGAUGAAUAAGGAAGGUAUGGUACGAUGUGAUACAGCUGUUGGAACACCGGAUUAUAUUUCUCCUGAAGUAUUAAAAUCCCAGGGGGGUGAUGGUUACUAUGGACGAGAAUGUGACUGGUGGUCAGUUGGGGUCUUUUUGUAUGAAAUGCUUGUUGGUGAUACACCUUUUUAUGCGGAUUCCUUGGUUGGAACAUAUAGUAAGAUUAUGAACCAUAAGAACUCUCUUACCUUCCCUGAUGAUAAUGAUAUCUCUAAAGAUGCAAAAAACCUUAUAUGUGCCUUCUUAACUGACAGGGAAGUGAGGUUAGGACGAAAUGGUGUAGAAGAAAUCAAACGACACCUCUUCUUCAAAAAUGAUCAGUGGGCUUGGGAAACUCUUAGAGACACUGUAGCACCAGUUGUUCCUGAUUUAAGUAGUGAUAUUGACACUAGUAACUUUGAUGAUUUGGAAGAAGACAAGGGAGAGGAAGAAACAUUCCCUAUACCUAAAGCAUUUGUUGGCAACCAGCUACCUUUUGUAGGAUUUACAUACUACAGCAACCAUCAGUAUUUAUCUGCCUCUACAGAAAAUUCAAAUGACAACAGAACAAGUUCAAGUACAGAUAAAAGUCUGCUGGAAAAUAUGCAGAAAACUAUCUAUCAGUUGGAAGAGCAACUUCAAAAUGAAAUGCAAUUGAAGGAUGAAAUGGAGCAAAAGUGCAGGACUGCAAACAUAAAACUAGACAAGCUAAUGAAGGAACUGGAUGAAGAGGGAAAUCAAAGAAAAAAUUUAGAAUCAACAGUAUCUCAGUCUGAGAAGGACAAGAUGGUGCUGCAACAUAAAAUAAAUGAAUACCAUAGAAAAGUUGAACAGGAGAAUGAAAAAAGACGGAAUGUAGAAAAUGAAGUGUCCACAUUAAAAGAUCAGUUAGAAGACUUGAAAAAAAUUAGCCAGCAUUCACAAACGACAAAUGAGAAGAUGACACAGUUACAAAAGCAACUAGAAGAAGCCAAUGAUUUGCUAAGGACAGAAUCAGAUACAGCAGCAAGAUUGAGAAAGAGUCAUACAGAAACGAGCAAGACUAUAAGCCAGUUAGAAUCACUAAACAGAGAACUUCAGGAAAGAUGCAGAGUUCUAGAGAGCACAAAAUUGGAAGUGGAAAAGGACUGUUAUCAAUUGCACGCAGCAUUGGAAGCAGAACGAAGGGACAGAAGUCAUGGAUCUGAAAUGAUUGGAGAUUUACAAGCUCGGAUUACAUCUUUACAAGAAGAAGUAAAAAAUCUUAAAAAUAAUCUCGAAAGAGUGGAAACGGAAAGAAAACAAGCACAAGACUCACUUAAUCAUUGUGAAAAGGAAAAGAAUAACUUAGAAAUAGAUUUAAACUAUAAACUCAAAAUAUUACAACAGCGGCUGGAACAGGAGGUAAAUGAGCAUAAAGUGACUAAAGCUCGGUUAACUGACAAACAUCAAUCAAUUGAAGAGGCAAAAUCAGUUGCAAUGUGUGAAAUGGAAAAAAAAGUAAAGGAGGAGAGGGCAGCAAGAGACAGGGCAGAAAAUCAAAUAGUUCAGAUUGAAAAACAAUGUUCCACGCUGGACUUUGACCUGAAGCAGUCUCAGCAGAAGCUUGAGCACCUCACUGAGCAAAAGGAGAGGCUUGAGGAUGAAGUUAAGAAUCUAACACUUCAGCUGGAACAAGAGACAAAUAAGCGACUAAUGACACAGAAUGAACUGAAAACACAAGCUUUUGAGGCAGACAACUUGAAGGGUUCUGAGAAGCAGCUGAAACAGGAGAUCAAUACGUUGUUGGAAGCGAAGAGAUUAUUGGAAUUUGAGUUUGCUCAACUCACUAACUUGACAGGAGCCUGCAUUACUUUUCCAACAAGAAUAUCCUUCCUUUAUUGGACCUGUGCCACAAUAGUCUGCAGGUCGAAGACCGAAACCAAGCAUUUUCGGAGCACUGCUUCCCAUCCAAAUUAUCUGUGGCGGCUACCAUUAUGGCAAUACAGAGGAAAUGAAGGUCAGAUGCGGGAACUUCAGGAUCAGCUUGAAGCUGAACAGUAUUUUUCGACACUUUACAAAACUCAGGUAAAGGAGCUUAAAGAAGAAAUUGAGGAGAAGAAUAAAGAAACUCAAAGAAAGAUACAGGAAUUGCAAAAUGAAAAAGAAACUCUUGCUGCACAAUUGGAUCUGGCUGAAACCAAAGCUGAGUCAGAACAGUUGGCCCGAGGUCUGCUGGAAGAACAGUAUUUUGAAUUGACUCAGGAGAGCAAGAAAGCAGCGUCAAGAAAUAGACAAGAAAUUACUGACAAGGAUAACAUUGUAAGCCGGCUGGAAGAAACAAAUAAUACAUUAACCAAUGAUGUUAAGUUUCUAACAAAAGAAAAUGCAGAGCUCAUUGAAAAAAAUAAGAAACAGGAGGAAGAAUUUAAAUUGAAGAAAGAAGAGGAAAUCAACAAUAUUAGAAUGCAUUAUGAGAAGAAUCUUCACACUGAAAGAACUCUUAAAACACAGGCUGUGAACAAAUUGGCUGAGAUAAUGAAUCGGAAAGAUUUUAAAAUAGACAGAAAGAAAGCUAAUAUACAAGAUUUGAGGAAAAAAGAAAAGGAAAACCGAAAGCUACAAUUGGAGCUUAAUCAAGAAAAAGAGAAAUUCAAUCAGAUGGUAGUGAAAUACCAGAAGGAGCUCAAUGAAAUGCAAGCGCAACUAGCAGAAGAGUCAACAUAUAGGAAUGAGCUUCAGAUGCAGCUGGAUAGUAAAGAGAGUGAUAUAGAACAAUUGCGUAGUAAAAUUUUGGACCUUCAGCAAGGAAUGGACUCUACCAGUGUUGCGAGCCUCCAGCCAGACGAAACUGAUGGAAACCUUACAGAGUCAAGAAUUGAGGGUUGGCUUUCGAUACCAAACAAAGGAAAUAUAAAACGACAUGGCUGGAAAAAGCAGUAUGUUGUGGUAAGCAGUAAAAAGAUUUUGUUCUAUAAUGAUGAAAAGGACAAGGACCAGUCCAGUCCAUCCAUGGUACUAGAUAUCGAUAAACUAUUCCAUGUCCGACCUGUAACCCAAGGAGAUGUAUAUAGAGCAGAAACUGAGGAAAUCCCUAAAAUAUUCCAGAUUCUGUAUGCUAAUGAGGGUGAAUGCAGGAAAGAUUUGGAAGCAGAAUCAGCACAGACAAUGGAGAAAACUAAUUUUCUAAAUCACAAAGGUCAUGAAUUUAUUCCAACAUUAUACCACUUUCCAGCCAACUGUGAGGCCUGUGCCAAACCCCUCUGGCAUGUCUUUAAGCCGCCCCCUGCCUUGGAGUGUCGAAAGUGCCAUGUUAAGUGCCAUAAAGAUCACCUAGAUAAAAAGGAGGAAUUAAUUGCUCCAUGCAAAGUGAGUUAUGAUGUAACUACAGCAAGAGAUAUGCUGUUGUUGGCAUCCUGUCAGGAUGAACAGAAGAAAUGGGUCACGCAUUUAGUAAAGAAGAUCCCUAAGACACCCCCAUCCAGUUUCAUUCGUGCUUCCCCUAGAACUCUGUCUGCAAGAUCCUCCGCAAAUCAGUCUUUCCGAAAAGUUGUUAAAAAUGCUUCUGGAAAAACUAGGUCAAAAGAUUGUGGAUCUAUGGGGGAAAGUACCCUUUCAGAAAACUCCAGUUACUGCUAACCACAUGUACAAUACUUUAUGGAAUCUCAUGGGAUGCAGUCUGAGAAACUGGGCUUCUUUAACCACACAGAGCAGUGUAGACAGGCUGUUGUUCCUUUCAACACAACUAUCACAGGCUUCAGGGUUAAGAUUGCUGUUACUCUCUCCUCCUUGCUUUGGCACAAAAAGCACACUGAGGGUGUUUUAUUGCGGGUUUGCCUAAAGGUAGAUUAGAUUAAUUAUUACUAUGUAAUGCAAGUUAAAGCAAAUAACGCUUAGCUAGGUGUAUGAAAAAGGUGCUGCCUUUUUGGAUUUAUAAGAAAAUGCCUGUCAAUCAUGAUGAAAUGCAGUCAACUUUCCUCAUAUCAAUGAGGGAAAAGGACUGUUUUCCCUUUGGAGAGGAUAUUUAUAUCAAAAUCAGUACACAAACCUGAGCAGAGAAGGAAGAUAUCUCAAAAUGAGAAGAACUGAAAUUUCUUUGAAGACUCUGAGUUGUGCUCUUGAACACUGCAGAACUAGCUUAAAAAGGAAGCCGUGUACUCACUUGAACUUCAGUGCCUUCACUGCAGAGCUCUUAACAGCGUUAAUGCUAAUCACCCAUAAUAGAGUGGAUCAAAGUGUUAAAUACUUUUCAUUAUGCUUUACAAAUACUGAUUCAGAAAGUGUGUAAAGGGAUGGGGACAACAAGCAUUUAAUCUAUGCAUUUUUGCCAAGCCAUACUGAAUUAUUUUACUAUUAGAGGCAUUAGAAACUAACUACAAAAGAACCAAGUCUGGAAGCAUAUUUCGGGGGUACAUGAUUUCUGUAAUUGUAUAACAUAUUGCCUUACCGUUUUAAGUGAUAACGUACAUUAAGUUAAGACAUUUAAGAAAUGUAUGCACUGUUUGAAAUAUAAAUUAUUCUUAGAACACUUUUAAUGGGUGUUGCAUUGCCCUUUUAGUGCCUUAUUUUGAGAUAAUUGUAUUAUUGCCAUGUCAAUAAGCGUAGAAAUCUCAAAAACCUGUUCUGCAUCAGUAGUUUUUACUGAACUUUAAUUGGUUUAAAGUAUUGUAGAUGCUAGAUGCAUUUCCUAAAUUGAAUACAAUCUUUGAAUGAAAACUCCUGUUACAAAGACAGAAUUCUUAUUCAUAAGACAAGAGAUUUCCAGAAAAUGCAAAAAGCAUGUAACAGAGAAACAACAACAAACAAUACACCCAUGAAACUUUUAAAACUCCAGAUAUUUCAGGAAUUAAAGUAUAAAUGUUGUUAAACUCUUGCUUUGUAGCAGGGAUACAUUCAUGGUAUGGACAGUAUGGUUUUAUUUUUAUUUUUUUUAACCAAAUACCUCCUCAGUAAUUUAUAAUGGCUUUGCAGUUGUGUAUUAAAUAAGAAGCACUGGAAAACUGAUUCGUCCUCAGGACGAUUUGCAUGUUUCAAGUGGUAUUGAAAGCCGCACUGAUGGAUAUGUAAUAAUAAACAUAUCUGUUAUUAAUAUGGUAAUGACUCUGUGCUCAUUCAAUGAGAAAUAAAAGUAAUUUAUGGAAGGA